AUGUCGCUGGCACAUCCGGCUACGGACAGCAGCGCCAACUGCAGGCACAAAUGCUUGUAUUGCCACGAUCCUUUCGAGUCCAAGAACAAGCUCUUCACCCACCUGCGGAACUCCGACUGCUCGAUCCAAGCCGCCGCUGAUGGUUUGAAGAUCACCAAGAAGCAGGAACGAGUCGCUCUCAUCCUUGGGGUGGCCUGUGCCGACUGGAGGGCACUGCUCUGGCGUGCCCUGGAUGCGGCGCGUGGGGAGGGAGUCGCAUCUUAUGCUGCCUCAGACGGGCCGCCCGGAGCUGCUUUUGCAUCAGAUCGGCACGGUGGCGAUCAGGACUUGCCAAAGGCUUGUGAUGUGCUGAGCUUAACGACGGAAGUGGUGUCGGAGGAGGAGCGGCAGGCGUGGUGUGACAAGGCCAAUGCAGCCCUGCCCGAGGACAUGCGCAUUUUCGGCCGCUCUGGCCCAAUGCCUCCAGACUGGCAUGCUGAGAGGGGCAUCGUUCGAAGAUACUUUGCAUGUCUCUUGCCGAUGCGGCUGCUGUUGGUCAACGGCGACGUGGAUUCGGAGGAUCCGGAAGUCGAGUCGGUGAAGGAUGGUCCAGAAAGCGGCUACAGCGCAUUCCCGGCAAUCGCAGCGAGACAACAGCACGCAAAAAAGAGCCAUCAAGCUGGUUGGGGCGACAGCACAGACGGCGAGAAUUUGUUAGGCAACUUCUUCCGUUUGAAGGAGAUCCUACGCAAGAUGCAAGGCGAGCAUCUUUUUCAUAACUUCUCUGAGCUCCCGCUCAAGCCCGGCGACACGAUUGCCAGACGCUUCGUGUACCGCUGCCGUGCUAUGGUGGAUCCACCAACUGGCGUAGCUGGUUUUCAUGCGUCUGCAGACAGCCUGGUAAGAGGCCAGCUCCGCGCAAUGUCUGGCUUGGCCGUUGCCCUGCAACAUGGUCUAUUGCCAGACCGAUACUUGGACGUCGCCUUCAGCGAGGAUCAGCUUCUUCCGGUUCCCCGACUACCGACAGGCACGGAAUUUCAGACAGAAUGUAUUUACAGAAAAGACUUUCACCACCUCCUUCAGCCGUUCUUCAAGUGCGAGGAAGCAGCAAAGUUCCGCCGGAAGGUUGAAGACAGGAUUGCAGAGGUCGUUCUCAGUGGCACAUUUGAGAAAUGGUUCCAGGACGAGUUAGUUCCCAGCACUGCUAAGCUGGCACUACUCGGUCCACCCGGGCAGACUCUUCCGAGAGAGAAGGCGCCGGCUGCGUACACAGAAGUCCUUCGUUUACUACGUGAAGCUGAAAAAAGUGGGAGGUGGCCGCCGUGUUCAAAGGGCAGGGAAAAGGUCAUCAAAGAUUCCACUCUAGCAGAACACGGAGGUGCCGGUGGUUCUUUCAGCGUGGGCUCGAUGCCAGAUGGUCUGGAUGCUCCGAAUGGAAACCGUUUGUUCCCAGAGUUAGCGAAAUGCGCUUUCCAGCUGGAACGGGUUCUACGUCCAGACCGCAGAAGCAGCACUAUCGCCAUCAACAAGCGAGCACAGUUCGUGCCACACCUCGACUCCGGCGCUGGUGCAGGACAGGGUAUCUCACUGAUCGUGGGUCUUGGCGACUACUCCGGUGGCGAGCUUGCCGUGGAGGGCAACACGCAUGACAUCAGGUAUAGGCCGCUCGAGUUCAAUGGGUGGACGCAAAGACAUUGGACACAGCCCUUUGUGGGAGAGCGCUUCUCCUUGGUGUGGUUCACACCUGCAGGCUGUGAAGCAAAACCUGGCCUUGAGCUGUUCGAGACUAUUGCAGGUAGUGAGAGCAUUCCUCCCACUGUGCCAUCGUCGCUGUCCACACCUUCCGCAUCAUUUUGCCUGGCUCCUUUGACCCGUCUUUGCAACGGUUUGGAGAUCCCACGCCUCGGCUUCGGCACUUGGCAACUUCAGGCCGAGGGCUCGUCCCUUUCUUGUGAGAAGGCCAUAGUCAUGGCCUUGGAAGCAGGCUACCGCCUAAUCGAUACUGCAUCCAUCUACAAGAACGAGACGGCUGUAGGUCAAGCCCUGCGAGAUUGGCCUGGAGGCUCAGGUGUCUUUGUGUGCUCGAAGUGUUCGCCGUACGAAAUGGGAUACCAAAGAGCGCGAGAUGCCUGCUACAAGUCUCUUGAGCGGCUGGGUCGAGACUGCUUGGACUUGUACCUCAUCCACUGGCCAGCGCUGCCCAAGAAGCCGCAUUCAUCUCCAGAGCACCGCCGUGCUCGAAUCGAGACUUGGAAAGCGCUGGAGGACCUCUACAGGCAGGGCAUCGUGCGAGCGAUUGGCGUCAGCAACUUUACGGCCCAACAUUUGCAGCAGUUGGAGGAGGAUGGAGCGCAAGUGAUGCCCAUGGUGAAUCAAAUUGAAGUGCAUCCUUUGUAUAUACCGAAGACGACCAUUCAGUUCUGUCGAUCAAACAACAUCGUGGUUGAGGCAUAUGCCCCGCUCGGAGGUGGCCCUUCGAGCAACGUUGGUAAAUCCACUGCGGGUGAAGUGGACGGCACAAAGCUUCUUCUGGGCCACCCCGAAAUUGGCAAGAUCGCCAGCGAAACCUGCCGGACUCCUGCUCAAGUCGUCUUGCGCUGGGCCUUGCAGCGAGACUUGCUUGUGAUUCCUCGAAGCAGCAAUGCUUCGCGAAUCCGGGAGAAUGCAGCCCUGUUUGACUUCGAAUUGUCUGAAGAUCAGCUUUGCCGAAUGGAAGAUUUGGCCGUCGUUGGUGGACAGAAGUUCUGCUGGAAUCCGUCAAGCAUCGCGUAA